AUGCCACACCACAGCAUUGCAGCCUGGAAUAUGCUUGUCACGGCAUAUAUCAAAUCAGGGCAUCUGCAUGCUGCGAAGAUGGCCUUUGACGCAGCCCCAGUUAGAAGCAUUGUCACGUGGAAUGCCAUUUUGGCAGCAUAUUCCCAGUCCGGAAGUGUCGAUGUGGCAAGGCAUCUCUUUGAUGAAAUGCCAAUGUGGAAUCUGAUAUCGUGGACGACUCUGCUGGUGGCAUAUACCCAGAACGGGCAUUUGGAAAGCGCAAAAAAUCUUUUUGAUGCUUUGAAAGAGGCUGAUCGAGACCUUGUAGCAUGGAACGCAAUGCUUGCCGGAUAUGCGAAGCUCGGAAAAACCAAAGAAGCGUUUGAUUUGUUUCAAAAGAUGCCAUUGCAGGAUCUUUUCUCGUGGAACACUAUUCUUUCUGCCAAUGCCCAGAAAGGAAACCUUCAUACAGUGGAAGAGAUCCUCUCUUCAAUGCCUAUGCUUAGCCUGGUUUCCUGGAACUCUGCCUUAGGAGCAUAUGCUCGUUUUGGAGCUUUGAAUCAAGCAAAAGACCUCUUCAAACAAUUGCACCAGCAUGAUCUACUCUCCUGGAACUUGAGGCUCUUGGCAUAUGCUACAAACAGGCAUCUUGAAGAAGCCAAGGGCUUGUUUGAUUUGAUGCCGCAGCGCGACGCCAGCUCUUGGACGGUGAUAAUUGCAUUGUACGGUGAAUACGGCCUAGUCCAUGAAGCCAGAAAUAUGCUAGAGGAUAUGCCACAGCAUGACGUACCUGCAUGGAACGCCAUGCUUGGAGCAUAUGCCCAAAACGGGCAUCUUGAGAAAGCUUUGUUAGCAUUCUUUAACGAGGCACCGUGUUGGAACCUUGUUUCAUGGACUGUGAUUUUAUCCCUGCUCGUAGAGACUGGAAGAUUCAAGCAAGCUUUGGAGUUCUUCCAUUCGAUGCCAGAGAGAGACAUCGUUUCGUGGAACAUAAUGCUGGCUGGUGCUGCAAACCGUGAAGACAAGAUAGUUCUCUUCUAUCAAAUGCCGCAGCACAACCUCGCAACCCUGUGGAUUAUGGGAAAGAUCGAAGACGUCGGCCAACAAUACCUUCCCCGUGAGAGCUUUGCGUCCCAAACUGCGUCCUUGAUCUUCCUCCUCCACAAAGCAAGCCUGGAGCAAGCCAAGUUCGUGUUCGACAGCAUGGAGCUCCGAGACCUCGGUUCCUGGACGGCCAUGCUCGUUGCCUACGCUCAAGCCGGGCUCGUCGAUCUCUCUAGGGAAAUCUUCGAUGGAAUGCCGCAGCGGGACUCCACCAGCUGGAAUGCGAUGCUCUCGGCCUAUUCCCAAAAUGGUCUUCUCUUCGAGGCCAAAGUGAUCUUCUUCCAAAUGCCGGAGAGAACUUUCGUCUCGUGGACUGUCAUGACAAACGCCUAUGCUCUCAACGGGCAUCUCGGCCUUGCUGCCCAGAGCUUCAGCUGGACACCUGAGCCUCGUAUCUGUUCCUGGAAUUCCCUGCUUGCUGCCUACGCCCAAAACAGCUACACCACCGAAGCUUUUGAUCUCUUUGCUGAGCUCAAAGUUGCCGAGCUGCCGGAUGAUAUCACCUUCAGUUCUGUUCUGGUUGCCUGUAGCCACGAAGGGAAGUUGCUUUACGGCAGGGACCAUUUUGGGUCAAUGAGUGUCGACUUUGGAGUGUUGCCCAACAAGCACCACUACUGCUGCAUGGUUGACCUCUUCUGCAGAGCCGGACAUCCAAGUGAUGCACAAGAGCUUCUGUCCACUAUGCCUUUUGUUCCCACUGCUCUGGAAUGGACGUGCUUGCUGGGAGCCUGUAAAAGAUACAGUCAGGUUUCUCAAGCUGUUCAAGCUGCAAAGUAUUUUCUAAAUCAGAGUAGUGGAGGGUACUUGUUGCUUGCGGGUCAGGUUGAGUUAUCAAACUCGAGUUUUUGUAUGUAG